CUGACAUGUGACGAUCGAGGAGGAGGAGGAGGAGGAGGAGAGAGGAGGAGAGAGGAGGAGAGAGGAGGAGGGGGGGGGUGAAGAAAAGCAAAGCAAAGCUAGGAACAACAAGAAGAGAGUCGGGGAGGGAUUAUUAGUUAACUACGCUUAUCUGCAUGUGAUAUGGGAGCGAACUAAAGUGUUAAAAGUGUUUUCCUUCUCUCUCUCUCUCUCGAGCUCAGCGGUUAGGCCUGAGUCUAAGUUCACCCUCCCAGUCUGACGUUAGCUCCGGCUGCUAGCUCACUCCUGCUGCUGGGACUUCACACAACUUGUCAACAGCCGAUCGAUCCUGGACGGGACUGCGCUCGCUACAUGUUUGUUUUAGGCCAUUUCUCGUAAACCUGUCCUGAACCAGCAGCAGUAUUGGGAGAGUGGAACUAUGAUAGCAACGUGACAGGAGGGGAGCCGCUGAGAAAGCUUAACUGGCAAACAUGGAAGGACAGCGGAAGGACCAGCACGACAGGGUGAACGGCCACAGCAAGCCCAAAUCCCCCCAGGACUCGGCUGUUGUCAGGUGGACGCCACCCAAGGGAAAGUUCAGAGGUUCAGACCACUGCGAGAGGACCAAUGUGUCAGAACUGACAGACCGGCAAGAGUUAAAGGCCAAGGAAAGUGAGGACGAAGAGGAGGAGAAGGAGGUAGUUCCUCCCUCUAAAGGCCUGAAAGGGGACCAGAGGAAAAAAGAGAAAGAGAGUCUGGAUAAGGAGGAAAACAAUCAGAGCAAGCGAAACAGCAGUGCAGCUUCCACCUACACAGACUUAUCUCAUACCUCGUCACCCUCGCUGUCAGAACAGCUCCGUCUUGGCCGAGAAGACAGCACAGGGUCUGGGAUCAGCGUGGAGUGUAAGGUCUGCGGGGACAAGGCCUCUGGCUUUCACUAUGGGGUGCAUGCCUGUGAGGGUUGCAAGGGCUUUUUCCGUCGAACUGUGCGAAUGAAACUGGAGUAUGAUCGCUGUGAGCGUUCCUGCAAGAUUCAGAAGAAGAAUCGUAACAAGUGCCAAUAUUGUCGCUUUCAGAAGUGCCUGUCUUUGGGAAUGUCGCAUGAUGCGAUCCGAUAUGGACGUAUGCCUGAGGUGGAGAGGAAGAAGCUGGUGGCAGGCCUGCUUGCUGAAGAACUGAACCUUAGCAAACCAGGGGGCUCAGACCUGAAGACCUUGGCAAAACAAGUCAACGCAGCCUACCUGAAGAACCUCGUUAUGACCAAGAAGAGGGCCCGCAGCAUCCUGUCUGGCAAAACCAGCAGCACCUCGCCGUUUGUGAUCUACGAUAUGGACACACUCUGGAAGGCAGAAGGUGGUUUGGUAUGGAGCCAGCUAGUUCAAGGUGCACCCCUUACCAAGGAGAUUGGGGUUCAUGUGUUCUACCGCUGCCAAUGCACCACCGUGGAGACGGUGCGAGAGCUCACUGAGUUUGCCAAGAGCAUUCCCGGGUUUGUGGACCUCUACCUUAAUGACCAGGUGACUUUGCUGAAGUAUGGUGUGCAUGAGGCUAUUUUUGCCAUGCUGCCCUCUCUCAUGAACAAAGAUGGACUGUUGGUGGCCAAUGGUAAAGGCUUUGUGACCAGGGAGUUCCUGCGCAGCUUAAGAAAACCCUUCAGUGAGAUCAUGGAGCCCAAGUUUGAGUUUGCUGUCAAGUUUAAUGCUCUGGAGCUGGAUGACAGUGACCUGGCCCUGUUUGUUGCUGCUAUUAUUCUCUGUGGAGAUCGUCCCGGGCUAAUGAACGUAAAGCAGGUGGAGCAGAGUCAGGACAACAUCCUUCAGGCCCUGGACCUCCACCUACAAUCAAACCACUCUGACUCAGCCUACCUCUUCCCCAAGCUGCUGCAGAAGAUGGCCGACCUUCGUCAGCUAGUUACUGAGAACGUUCAGCUUGUCCAAAAGAUCAAAAAGACAGAGUCGGAGACCUCGCUCCACCCUCUACUACAGGAGAUCUACAAAGACAUGUAUUAGUAUUCCCCAGCACAGACUGCUUUUAACAAUACUGUUACAGACUGAAUUUACAUUCAUGAUACUACACUGCAUUCAGUACAAGCACUGUUCCACGUACCGGCAUGGAUUAUAACGUGCAGAUGAGGCAAAGUGACGUGGCAGAGCUAACACAAUCAGGAAAGUCUUCUUUAAUGUCUGCAAUACCCUCUGCACUGUGUGUAUGUGUGUGUGUGUGUGUGUGUGUGUGUGCGCGCGCGCGCGCGCGUGUGCACGUGCGUGGUAUGUGUGUGUGCGCGCGUGCACGUGCGAGAGAGAGAAGCAUCUGGAUUCAUUUGCUGAAAGUCCUAGUUUCCCACAACGGUCACUUAACAGAGAGGAUGAUUUGUUUUCUCACCGAGGCUGCUCCUGUUACAUUCGAAUAGCAAAGCUGACCCCAGAGCAGUUUUUAGAGAGUUUCUCCUCACUCCCCUCGGCUCUGUGUUUGUGAAGGGAAAGCAUUAUGGGUUCUUACACCAAUGGCAUAGUUGAAAAAGAAAAGACACGUAAAGUUUGUACUGUGCAAGAGUUUCUUAUGAUGCCAAUGUCUUUGAUGGAGUGAUUGUUCUCAGACUUUUGGUAAAGCUGAAGGUGCACAAAUUGUUUUUUGUUUACAUCAUUAUCAUCACCAUCAUCAAUGACCGCUACUUUGCCAUUUGGUUAAUAGAACACAAACUGGGCUGGCUCCAGCAGUGUAGAGCUCUCUGAAAGCAGCUGUCUGUGCAAUACCGUUUUCAUUUUUCAAUAAAUGUGGAGAUCCAACUUAUACAGGUUUUGUCCUAAAGCAAUCUACCCAAGUGGUAACUAUUAGACUAUGCUGCACAGAUUUCGUCUCUAAACUGACACUAUAGACGCAUAACCCAUUGAAGUUCAAGGGACCGCAUGUUUUUUCUAUUCUUUUGUUUUGUCACACAAAUUAUCAUGAAUUUCCCAUUUUAAGGGUAGUUAUAUAAUUAUUUUACUAAUUAUUUGUAAUUUUGAAUCAUAUUUGUAAGGGCAAAACAUUAAUUAUCAUCUUGCUUUAUGUAUUAAGUACAUGUUUUUUUUCAUAUUACAUGCUUGCCUGUUUAGUUUAGGUUGUACCAAAUAUAUUGUCGAGCAUACCAACAAACGUUUCCUUGAUAAGGAAUUUGGAUUUCACGCCUUGACCUAAAACCAGCAUGAUGUACCACAUUGUCAUUAUUGUGAAAAUUGGUAAGAAAUCCGCAUCCAGCAUUUGGUAUCAUUAGUCGCUCAUGUAUUAACCACAGUCCUAGAUUACUACCCUUUUUGUAUACUGAUUUGUCUUGUUAGGAGAGCCACAAAGUGUAACAGCUUUACAAUAAUGUAGCCAAGAAU